AUGGCGGCGUCCAGCUCGGCCCAGCAGUUCUUCCCGGGCGACGCGGCCCGGCGGCGCCUCCUCCUCAAGCGCCGCCGCCCCCCGCUGCCCGACGCGGAGCCGAGGCCUUGGGCGGAGGGCUGGCGCAGCCGCCGCUCGCCCGAGCCCCCGAGAGCCCGGUGGGGCAACGACGACGGGGCCUGGCCGGGGGGCGACGGGGCCCAGCUCUGCCCGCCCCCGCCCUCGCGUUCUCCGCCUCCUCGGGGUCGGGCGGUGGCCAGGCCGCCCCCGGAGGGCAGCGCCCCCCGGCAAGGCUGGUGGGACAGGCCGGGGAGCCCCCCAAGCCGGAAACGCAAGAGCCCCGGGGCCCAGCCCCCGCCGAGCCUCCGGGGAGGCCGGUGGAGCAGCAGCAGCCCCCAGAGGGAGGCCUUGGAGCAGGACCCCUCACAGGACCGGCGGGGAGGCCGGUGGGGCAGCAGCCCCCAGAGAACGAGGAGGCCUCAGGGCCCCAGUGGAGAAGCCAGGGGCUGGGGCAGCCCCCAGAGAGAGCAGGACCCCUCACAGGACCGGUGGGGCAGCAGCCCCCAGAGAACAAGGAGGGUUCAGGGCCCUAAUGGCGACCAGAGAGAGCAGGACCCCUCACAGGACCUGCGGGGAGGCCGGUGGAGCAGCAGCCCCCAGAGAACGAGGAGGCCUCAGGGCCCUAAUGGCGACCAGAGAGAGCAGAACCCCUCACAGGACCGGUGGGGCAGCAGCCCCCAGAGAACGAGGAGGGUUCAGGGCCCUAAUGGCGACCAGAGAGAGCAGGACCCCUCACAGGACCGGUGGGGCAGCAGCCCCCAGAGAACGAGGAGGCCUCAGGGCCCUAAUGGCGACCAGAGAGAGCAGGACCCCUCACAGGACCGGUGGGGCAGCAGCCCCCAGAGAACGAGGAGGGUUCAGGGCCCUAAUGGCGACCAGAGAGAGCAGGACCCCUCACAGGACCUGCGGGGCGGCCGGUGGGGCAGCAGCCCCCAGAGAACAAGGAGGCCUCAGGGCCCCAGCGGAGAGACCAAGGGCUGGGGCAGCCCCCAGAGAGAGCAGGACCUGCGGGGCGGCCGAUGGAGCAGCCUUGAGAGACAGGGAAGCGAGCAGCGCCAUCAGGCCUCUGGCAGGUGGCAAACGGGACCCGGCGUCCCUGAGGGGAGGAGGAGGAGGAGGCAGGAGAGCCCCAAUGGCGACCCGGGCUGGGAUCAGAGACAGGGGAAUCGCAGUGGAAGCGGAGGCAGGUGGAGCAGCCCUGAGAAGAGAGGAGGGGAGCAGCAGCCACUGCCCCGCAGGAGGCAGCCUGGCCCCAGCGGUGAUUCCAGGGACUGGGGUGACACCGAAGGCCCCAAGAGCCGGGGAUUACCUGCUAUGGAGCGGUUCCAGGGGAAGGAGAGGAUCAUCCUCAAGGGAAGGAGAGGCGAUCGCCAGAGCCCUGCCCUGGGGAAAAGGACUUGGGGCAGCCCUGUCGGAUGCAGGAGGCAAGAGAGCCCCCCCAGGGAGCUAAGGGCCUGGGGCAGCCCCACGCAGGGAGAGGGGCAGGAGUGCUCUGGGAGCCCGAGGCGUUUCGAUUCGGAGCAGGGCCAGGUGAAUCAGGGCAGAAGCCGGUGGGGCGGCCUUGAGCAGGUCUUGAGCCGAGCGGGGAGCUCCAAUAGGCCACAGAGUUCCAAUGGAGGCCAGCAACAAUGGAGCCAGCCCACGCUUUUCACGAGGGGAUGGGACCCCGAGGAAGCAGACCUGGGGAGUUGUGAAAGGGGAGGAAAAGAAGAUGAGGACGAGGGGGCGCCCAAGAGGAGAGGCUCCCCCGCAGAAACGGCCGCCGGCAUUCCUGACGCUCCCCUGCAGAGAUGGACGCCGCGAGAGCCCGUGGUGCAGUACUGGAUGCAGUGCCAGGCCAUCAUGAGUAAGCAGAUGCGGAGGCAGCUUCUGUCCGCCUGCCCCCUGCCAGCCCUGCCCAACCGGAUGUCCGAGGUCCCUUGCCUCAACACGGACAUCACCCUCUUGCUGAGCGCCCAAGAGGUCAAGGAGCUGCGGGCCACGGAACGGCCCCUGUGGGGGCUGCAGGAAGAGCUGUUGGAAAUGCUGGGCCCUGCCAUGACCCUCUACGAGAUGGCCGAGGAGGCGAUAGAGACGGAAGAGGCGGUGGACGCCAUGGAGCUCCGGGAGUGGACGUGGCGCCUCAUCCGCUACAUCGGCAGCCUCAACCAGAGGAUCACCGCCCAGCGCCGCAUGCAGGUCCUGGGCACCAUCAACCCGCGGCUCAAGUGCGCGACCUCCAAAAUGACCGGCCUGUGCCCCAAUGGGAAGCUCUUUCCCAAGGACAAAGUGCAGCUUUUGAAGGAGAUCAUCCAGAGAUUCCCGCAGCUGACGGAGGCGAAGAGGAAAGUCUUCCCCAGAAAGUAUCAGCCUUUCUCCAGGCGGGCCUCAAACAUGGCCGCCUACAGGCAGAGGAAGUUCCUUUUGGGGCCUCAUCCUCAUCCCCAGAACAGCGGUGCUCAGGCCCUGGGGCAAAGCCCAGCAACCGCCGAGUGAACCAGGACCACCCCUGAGGAACUGGGAGGCUGCGUCCAGCGGAGGGUGGCCCAAGACCCAGGAGCUGCUCCGUCCCAUCGCACGCCGGCCCUGCCUGGGAGUUUCUCGUUGGGUGCUGGACGGCCACCCAUGGCGUCGGCUCCGACUCCUCCCUCCAGGCUUCUGGAGGGGGAAAGACCUGCGUUGGCCGCAAGGAUCCCUGGCCAGAUCCAGCUUCUUUGCUCCUGCAGCACCAGAGGACAGGCCCGGAGUGGCCUGGCCCAGCGUCAAGACCGCCAUGCUGUGUGGGCUAGCCGGCUCGAGCGAGGGCCACUGUUUGUGCAUUGAGCAGGAGGUUAGCGUAACAGGUUGUGCAAGCGUAAUGCACAGCCGCUUGCUUGUGCAAAUGUAACCUUAGGCGGAUUCUCCUCUUGCACAUAGCUCAGAAUCUCCUUUCUAACUAGCGCUGCUGGAAUGUCACAGUUGGAUACUGGCCUGUGUUUCACCCAUCAUUUAGAAAGGGCGUCAGGCUUCACCAAGCAUUCCUUUUUUCCUGCCUUGCCAGUUCAUGCUAGCCAUGGUGGAGUUAGGAGGUGGGGCAGUUUUUACAGGCUGUUCAGCCCAGUGGAUCUGUGUAUUUUCAAGUGGACGGGAUCCCAAGCUGUCUUCCCCACCCACAGAAGGCCACGUUUCUGGGCUUUCUGCUUGCCACUGUUGGUGGCAGCUCCCUUCGCAGACACAGCAAGGCCCUCUGCCACAGUGAAAACCAUCUUCCAGCAAAGUGCAUCCGAACACCUCCAGCCCUCAGCAUUGUGGGGGGGGUUACUAUUGUGCUCUAAAUGGACUAGUAAAAAUAAAUCCUAAAUUAUA